GCUGCUCUUCAGACCGGAACUGCGGGCCCCAGACGGUUCAUAAUUUGGGAGCCCUGUUGGCGCUGUGGGUUAAGCAUUGGACGGCACUGUGAGUUAAGCAUUGGACUACUAACCUGAAGAUCUAUUCAUAAUUUGGAUUCUGGCUAUAUUAUAAUGAGUGACACUUUGACAUUAGAUGUCAUUGGUCGAAGAGUUGACGUUAAUGGACAACAUGCAACAGUGCGUUUUUCUGGUAUUGUCCCUCCUACAGCAGGACUCUGGUUAGGAGUAGAAUGGGACAACCCUGAGAGAGGGAAGCAUGAUGGAAGCCAUGAAGGGACUGUGUAUUUUAAAUGCAGGCACCCAACCGGAGGAUCCUUUAUUCGUCCCAACAAGGUUAAUUUUGGAGUAGACUUUCUUACUGCACUUAAGAAACGCUAUGUUUUAGAAGAUGGACUAGAGGAAGUUAGAGAAGAGAAAAUUACUACAAUUGGAAAUAAACCUGUAGAAACAAUUGGUUUUGACUCUGUUGUAAAACAGCAAAGCCAGUUGAGCAAGUUGCAAGAAAUUUCUCUGAGGAGCUGUGCAGUGAAUUCUGCUGGUGAAAAAGGAGGAAUUGCUGAAAUAUGCCCUAAUAUUAGAAAAGUAGAUUUGUCAAGAAACUUGCUGUCUUCAUGGGAUGAAGUAAUACAUAUUGCUGACCAGCUUAAACAACUGGAUGUUCUAAAUCUCAGUGAAAAUAAACUUCAGUUUCCCUCUAGUUCACCAACUCUAAUGGGAACAUUUUCUGCACUGAAGGCUUUAGUCCUUAAUCGAACAGGAAUAACAUGGGCUGAGGUGCUCCUGUGUGCCCGUGGGUGGCCAGUCCUUGAGGAACUUUACCUUGAAUCCGACGAUAUUUUCAUUUCAGAAAGGCCAACUGAUGUGCUACUAAUGGUCAAGUUAUUAGACCUUUCGGGUAAUCAAUUAAUUGAUGAAAAUCAGCUAUUUCUAAUAGCCUAUCUGCCCAGAUUAGAACAACUAAUCCUCUCUGACACCGGACUGUCUUCUAUACAUUUUCCGGAUGCUGGAAUUGGGUGCAAAACAUUGAUGUUUCCUUCCUUGCAGUAUCUUGUAGUAAAUGACAACCAGAUAUCACAAUGGUCUUUCAUGAACGAGCUCGAUAAGUUGCAGAGGUUGCACUCCUUGUCCUGCCUGAGAAACCCGCUGACUGAAGGAGACAAAGACGCCCAGACUGUGCGCCAACUCAUCAUUGCCAAAAUCGGCCAGCUGAAGACCCUGAACAAAUGUGAGAUUUUCCCAGAGGAGAGACGUGGAGCUGAGCUUGAUUACCGGAAAGCUUUUGGAAAUGAAUGGAAAAAAGCUGGUGGACACCAAAAUCCAGAUAAAAAUAGACCAAAUGAAGAAUUUCUUGCAGCUCAUCCUAGAUACCAAUUCCUCUGUCUUAAAUAUGGUGCACCUGAAGAUGGGGAACUCAAAACACAACAACCAUUUAUGCUUAAAAAUCAACUACUAAAGCUGAAUAUAAAAUAUCCUAAUCAACUGGAUCAAAAAGUCAUAGAGAAACAAUUACCAGAUUCCAUGACAAUUCAAAAGGUGAAAGGACUACUGUCACGUCUUCUAAAAGUUCCUGUGUCUGAACUUCUGUUGUCCUAUGAAAGUCCCAGAAUGCCAGGCAGAGAAAUUGAACUAGAAAAUAACCAACAGUCACUACAGUUUUAUUCUGUGGAAAAUGGAGAUUAUCUGUUAGUACGCUGGUAAAAGCCAACUAAUAAAAUUCAGAGACCAGACUGUU